AGUCUGAGAAAUGGCCGCUUAGGGGGAGACCUCCGUGCACCAUUGCAACUUCUGCUCAGAAUUUCGACAUUACGGCUCUCAGAUUACAUUUAUCUCCUCUCUGAGUGAGUCAAGCAGCUAUUCGACCUACAGUUGCUGGAUAAAAUGGCAUCUAAACGCGUCAGUCCACCUAAAACCAGGCAACGUGAUAACGCUAAAGAUGGCGCGGGCGACCGAGAAGAGAUUGCUAGCAUACACGAGCUUCUCAAGAUAGUGGAGCUGCAGGAAAGAUCCCGCCGCAACAAUCUGCGAUUUCAGGGUUUUCCAGAGCAUUGCGAAGGGAGAGGCCCAGCAGAAUUCCUGUGGGAUGUGAUUCCUGAGAUGCUCGGCUUGGAGUUCCCGUCUGGGCUCGUGGUGGAGCGAUGUCACCGCUUGGCAGCCGCUCGUAUGGGGAGCAACAGGCCGGAGAGAAUUCCCAUCGCCCGGUUCCUUAACUGGGAGGACAAGGAGUCAGUAACCAACGCGGCGAGGGAAAAGGGUGAAAUCCGCUGGAAUGGCAACCUCAUCCGGAUCUUCCAGGACUAUUCAAAGGAAACGGUGUCUUUGCGGCAAAGUGUUGAGAAUGCAAGAGGCCGCAGGAAAGCUUUCAAACUGAAAUACCCGGCGGUUCUCUGUAUCGCUACGGGGGGCGGAGGAGAGCGGCGUUUUGAGAGUGCUCGCACCGCGCUGAGCUUCAUUUCAGCCCUACAGCCGGUGGCCGAGCCCCCACCUGAUGGCGCGUUGUACCGCGGGAGUCCUGGACUUGAUGUAGGCCAGAUUGGCCGUUAAACAUGGCUUAGCAACAGAGAACUUGAAGGUAAUGUAAAUAUUGUUACGGACAGGUUUUAUGUGCGUUACUGCUUAAGAGCGCCGCUCUUAACUACCCACUUCAUAGUUUAUACAUAGUUUACGUGAAUUUUGGUCUCUUGUAAAUGUAAACCGCUUUUCUAGAUACUUUGCGCAUGUGCAGAAGUGAGUUACUGAUUGAACGGUUGUUAUGGAUCCCGCUCUGUUGGUUGUCUGGACAAUAUUAAUCACUAAGCUCCUUUGCUCGCUUACAUUAAUAAUGUCCUUGUCGAUGCUCUCAGGUUACAAUGAGACCCACGUCCUGUCACGUCGUUUAGGGAGCCGUUUAGUCGAGUUACAGAGACUGUUUAAAGUUCGCUGUUGUGAUGGUGACCCUGCCCUUCUCGCUGCCACAGGCUUGCAGAUCACGGACCUAGUUGGUGUUUUUUCGGGGCGCCAGGAGAGUGGAAGCCCAUUUGUUUUAUUUACAUCAUCUUGUUUUGUUUUUUCAGUUUGGUUGGUUGUUUUUCUGUUUUUACCCAGUCAUUUCUACUCCUUUUAUUAGUGCCAGUGUAUCUAUUCAUUCAAAGGAUAAAUACGAUCUUGGGGAUUUGGUCAUUUUACAUACUGAGCUAAAUUUGGAAGAUGAUGGACAGGUGGUCACCAUACUGCUGUAAUGUCAAAUUUAAUGUCAGCUAAAUUAGGAAAUACACAGAGUUUGAGCAGAACCACAUGGAACGUGAAAGGGUUAAAUCACAAUAUUACAAGAUGAAAAGUAAUGUCUUUCUUGAAAUCAAGAAAUUAUGAUGUGGUCUUUUUGCAAGAAACACAUCUCACAGACAAGGAGUGUAAGAGGCUUUGUAGAGACUGGGUGGGCAAUGUUCACCCCGGGGGGGUGGCAAUUCUCAUCAAUAAACAUUUACAAUUUCAAUGUAAAAAAGAAUUUAAAGAUAGAAAGGGUAGAAUUUUAAUUGUUCAGGCAGAAAUCCAGGGAUAAACAUUAAUAUUAGCAAAUAUCUAAGCACCUAAUUUGGAUGAGCCAUUUUUUUGGAGAUCUAGAGUGCAGUAUAAAUAGAAUGGGUAAUCACCCAGUCAUUCUAGGGGGGAUUUCAAUCAGGUCUUGGACGUAGUGCUCGAUCGGAGUAGACCAUCCACUUCCCAACCCCGGAGAUCAAAGCAGGUUCUUGAAAAUCUAUGCGAAGCUUUAGGUUUGGUGGAUAUAUGGUGCACUUUGAGUCCUACAUUAAGGGAUUACACAUUUUUUUCCUCCCCACAUCAAACCUUUUCAAGAAUUGAUUUCUUCCUCAUAUCCAAAACAUUUAAUGCCCGCAAUUUUAUCUUGUAAAAUUGGGAAUAUAAUAAUCUCAGAUCAUGCCUGCGUGACACUUUAUAUGCAACCAUUCACCCAAACAAUAAAAUCUCAUCGGUGGAGGCUAAACUGAAGUCUGCUGAUGGAUGAAGCAUUUAGAACAGCACUUAAUGCUGAGAUUAAGAUGUAUUCAGAAACUAACCUGCCUACGGCAUCAAC